UUGAGUUCUCAGCAGUUGACAUCUAAUAGUCGAAGAAAAAAACGUCAUUAUAUUCGUUAAUAAUGAACUUCCAUUAAUGGGGUCCAAAUCAGCAACUCGAGGUAUUGGUUCUCAGAAAAAAAUUGGGUCAAAGGACUUGAAAUUACCCAAACUCAGAACUGUAUCAGAAGAAGUGGUCAACAUUGUCGAGGCAGAACGAUCUCUCGAAAGUGAUAAAAGUACCGAUGAGGAAUUGUGCCGGACUGACUACAGGAAACAGUUAUACAAUACGUUUUUCAGUACUUUGAUGAACGAUAUUCUUUCAAAUCGGGAAACUCUGAGUGUGAGUCAAUCAGCUGUUGAAGACACUGGUAGUAUCAGUUGUGAAUAUGAUCCUCAAAUUAAAUCAAAUCUGAUUCCCUCAAUCGAUGGAUCCAACAGCGCUGUGGAAAAGUCUACCAAUCUGACAUCCUCCGUUCCAGAAAUGGUUCCUUUUCAGAACCGAAAUUUAUCGUCUUUCGAAAGGAUUACCAAUGUUCAAGAAGUGUCGCACACUACUGAAGUGAGUGUCGAAAAUGAAACAAAAACAGAGAGAAUAGAAUUUAAGAAUGGUAACAUUUAUGUAGGAGAGACUCUAGAAGAUUUGAUGCAUGGACAUGGNUUGCGUUCAUAA